GCAAAAUCGUAGACUGCCUCAGAUCCAAAUGAAUAAAUACAGAGUGUGUCCCACCCACCAUCACUCUCACUGCUCACCAACCACUGAGUCCGGUUAAACCAUGCUUCGCCUCGGCACCACGUUCUUGCUGGCAGCAGCCUGUGUGCUCGUAAGUCCAGCUGUUUCCACAGAGACAGUUCUUACCUGUCAGGUCGAGACUGUCCAGCGCCUGAGCUGUGAUAGUGGAGUGAUCAGUGUGCAGGAAGCACUGUAUGGACGCACAGACAGUGAGACCUGCAGUGAGGGAAAACCUCAGGCACAGCUUACCAAUACAGAUUGCGCGCAAGAGGGCACAGUGGACGUCCUCAAGAGAAGGUGUGAUGGAAAAAGGGUGUGUGAAGUGAGCGUGAAUGUCUUUGGAUCACCCGAUCCCUGCGAAGGCACCUCCAAAUAUCUACAGACCAAGUACAUCUGCCUCCCAGCAAUUCACCUUGUGACAUGUGAGCACUCUUUCGCAAACCUGCACUGUGAUGCUGGGCAGGUUAUAUCUGUCUACGGCGCUGAUUAUGGACGCCACGACCAGACCACAUGCACUUACAAACGGCCUGCCACUCAGAUCCAAAAUAGCGACUGCUCACAGCCGACCAGCAUCGUUUCUGACAACUGUGAUGGGAAAAACAGUUGCAGUAUCAAAGCAAGCAACUCAGUGUUUGGAGACCCCUGUGUCGGCACUUUCAAGUACCUGGAAGUGGCUUACGUUUGUGCAUAUCCUUCCAGCCCUCCGGAUGACACCCUGUAAACAUACUGAGGUCACAAUAAGAUCACAAUAAAUAUGCAUUAAAUAAAAUGCAUUAAACCAGCA